UUGAAAAACUUUUCCUCGCCAUUUUAUAGUUAACGCGUAGAGCAAACCGAACGCGAACGAAUUAAAUGUUUAAAAGUAAAUCUGUUCCUGUGAUCCGGAUGGAGCUGGGGCUGGUCGGUCGGCGUCUCCGCUGGAAUAUCACUGUCUCAGGAAACUCCCGGUACAUUCAGUGCUAGAAGCAGAAAACUUGGACUGCCUGUCGAUUUUUUUGCCAAGUUUUUGGUAAAUUUUGGCUAAAUCCGCCGGUGAAAAUCAAUCGAAAAUGAGAAAAAAAGCCACUCCGAAAAGCUCCGGUCAGAAGAAAUCAGCAUCAUGGCAUAGCAAAUGGUCCACAUCAUUCGGGAGGCGAACAAAACUGCUUGGAAGCCGCUGCCCUAGAAUCGGUUACUAACCCGUGGUGCAUCCCAAACACGGCAGCAUUUAUCAAAAGUUUUUUGAAGCCAAAGUUAUACAACUUAUUCUUCCGGUCGGUGCGUAUAAUGUCCCAGCACUACAAUCGCUUUCUCAAGCUGCUGGAACGUUGGCCGGUGGAUCAGAGUAAAAUCGGGCGGGAUCUGGGACAGUUUUUGCGGGAUCAGCUGGCCGGAGUGCUGGGUGGUGUCAACAUUAUUGCCGUGAACGACGAAAAUCUAUCGUGACAGCAUCGAGCGUUGGAAAAUCUGGUUAACGACGUGCACCUGAAGGCACACCCGAGGAUGCUUCAAUCGACUGCCACCGGGCUGUCCGAAGAGCAGUGCCGGGACGUGCUUUCAUCGGAGUUUAUGGAAUACUUGAACAAGCAAUGAUGAAGGUAUUAGCCGGCGGUGUUCAUAGAUUAGGAUUAGUUUUAAGCAGAAACUUUGCCACGAAUGUUGGCCAUGUUCCGGUUAUGGCCCGGUCACGUUUUUGAAACCUCAGAAAGGAGAGCUAUUUGUGUGCGCGGGAGGUCACACCAAAGAAAUUUAAAAAACUGCUCCGGAAGCCGAA